AUGGAUUACCAAAAUCGUCCUGGAGGUAAAACUGGUGGUGGUGGUGUUGCCUCAUGGACAGAGACUAAUAAGGAUAGACGUGAACGUCUUAGGCAAUUGGCUUUGGAAACUAUUGACCUACAAAAAGAUCCUUAUUUUAUGAAAAAUCAUUUAGGGUCCUAUGAAUGUAAACUUUGUCUGACUCUACAUAAUAACGAGGGCAGUUAUUUGGCCCAUACACAAGGUAAAAAGCAUCAAGCAAAUUUAGCACGCCGAGCAGCUAAAGAAGCUAAAGAUGCUCCACAACAGCCAGCUCCUGAAAAACCCCGGGUAGAAACUAAAAAGUUUGUUAAGAUUGGACGACCUGGAUAUCGAGUUACAAAACAAAAAGAUGCAGAAACAGGCCAACAGAGUUUACUUUUUCAAAUUGAUUAUCCUGAAAUUACUGAUAAUGUACGACCACGUCAUCGUUUUAUGUCGGCAUAUGAACAAAGAAUUGAGCCACCAGACAGAAAAUGGCAGUAUUUGUUGUUUGCCGCAGAACCUUACGAAACAAUUUCUUUUAAAGUUCCAAGUCGUGAAGUGGAUAAAUCUGAAAUGAAAUUUUGGGCUCAUUGGAAUACCCAAGCAAAACAAUUUUAUUUGCAAUUUGCGUACAAAGUUGAACAAAUGAAGCCACCACCUCCAAUGAAACCUCCUCCACCUUCUUUACCACCUCCACCGCAACAUAACAUGAUGCAUCAACCUGGUUCAAAUAUGAUGUCUCAUAUGUUCCCUCCUCCACCUAUGUAUAAUCCUGGUCCACCUCAAAUGAUGAAUAAUAUGAUACCUCCACCACCUCAAUUGAUGGGUUAA